CAUAACUCGGCCGAUCAACGUUGUCGUAACGUGAUGCACGGCUUCAAACUGGAUCGAUCUGCAGGUGAUUAUUGUAUCUUUUAGUGGUGACUCCAGCAUAGUUUUGCUCUUGACUUGAGUUUAAAUCGCUUGAUUUGUCAACACAUUCGUCACCGGUCAAAGCCAAUAUGAGUGAAACAACGACUACAGCAACAAUUACAGCAAGACAACCAGUUUUGCAAGUUCUUGCAGAUUACGAACUCACACAUACCGGGGAAGAAGCUCAGAACUCUACGGAUGCACUUUCAAACUCACCUUCUGAGACAAAUGAAAUCAAAGAAAACCCGGACUGGUGGCCAGAAGAUUACAACGCGAUUCCCCCGUAUCGACCCAUCAACUACCAUUUAGAUAGAGAGAGUCGACCCUGGGCACAACCCGGUAUUGAGACUGCUUUCGUGUGGACAAUGCUUAAUGGGGUUGGCAUAAUUGCGUUCUCCAGUAAGGUCUGGCGCCAAACAGGUGGGAGGCUGAACGAUAAGAUAUUCCGAUUUUCCAUAGGUGGUGAACGAUAGGGUGUGAAAUGCAGAGAACCAAACAGCAAAGCAAAAUUAAGAUAGAAACAGACGUUUGCGGUCAGGAGGAUAUGGAUUCCAAGAACUGUAGGAUUUGCGCAACACAGGAGCCUUGAAGUGAAAUACUAGAUGCUGCCAAUAGCUAGUCUUGAUGAACGAAGCUUAAGCUGUACUUAUCCCAUUUGUAAUGAUCAGCUACCCGUGUAAUGCUAGAGCCUAACCCGAU